UUUUUUUUUUUGAAGAAAUGGAUUCUGUCAAACAAGAUUUAGGUGCCCUCAUCAAGAAAUACGACGAGUUCAUUACCCUUAAACUAAAACCUUCGUUAAAAAAGGAAUUGGAUGAGCGAGAUGCCAUAUUCAACUCCAUUUCAGAAUAUCAGAAACUAAAGACACAAAUUCAAACAAUACAAGAGAAUGAUCUAAAAGAACUCAAGACGAUGGUUGAUCUUGGAUCUCAAUUUUAUGCACAAGCACACAUACCUGAUACUCAAUAUAUUUAUGUUCAUGUUGGCUUUGGUUUUCAUGUACAGUUCACAUUAGAUGAAGCCAAUGCGUUUAUCACUAAAAAACAAGAUCAAUUACAAAAUUUAGCAGACAAACAUACUAAAGAAGCAGACAAAAUACGAGCUCAUAUUAAAAUGGCACUGGAGGCUAUCUCUGAAAUCUUGAUGAAUUCAGCUUGAAGGUUUUAACCGCGUAGAAUAAAAAAUCAAAUAUAUAUAUAUAGACCCUUGACAUCAUGGUUUCAUUUAAUUUUAUUUUCCCGC